UGCUGUCCUCACUGCACCACAAAUGCUCACUCAGCCAGCUUUGAUCAGUCUCACCUAACCAGAUCUGAGGGAUUGGUGAGGAAGCAGUCAAGCCAGACAUCACUGUGGAUGUUGAAGAGGGAGUUACUCAGACCACAGACUUCUUCAUUUGCUCACUCUGGAUUACAGCUACUUAAGCGCUCUGUGUGGCUGGGUUGGGUGCGCCUGAGGAAACACAUCGGAGACACCACUUGGGGUUAGUCUUCCCGAGCCCUUCGAGUCUCUAACUACUUCUCGCCAUUACCAUGGAGCCCAACAGUCCCAAAAAGAUACAGUUUGCUGUGCCUUUAUUCCAGAGUCAGAUAGCACCCGAGGCGGCAGAGCAGAUCAGGAAAAGAAGACCUACACCUGCAUCACUGGUGAUUCUCAAUGAACAUAACCCCCCAGAAAUAGAUGACAAGAGGGUGACCAACACACAAGCAGAAUCACAGAAUGCAUCCCCUAAGCAAAGGAAGCAGAGCGUGUACACACCACCCACCAUGAAAGGGGUUAAACACCUGAAAGGCCAGAGUAAAUCAGCAUUCCCCGAAGAAGAAGAGGGCGUCAGUGAAAGAGAAGAGCAAUGGGACCAUUAACUAGGGGGUCUGCAGCAAGAAGACUCCUUGGGAAUAACUGAACUAUUCACUUUUCUGAACAACCCAUGGAAAGCCACCUUGACUUCCAGAAGCACUCCCCACCUCUGCUCUCCACACUCACACAGUAGUAGCACACCUCCUCGGAAGCCCUCCUUGAUUGGACCUUAGAACUAAGUACAGGUUGUUCCAUAUCACUUACAAGUCAAAAACAAGCAUUCAUUUUAGUGUGCUUUUUGUUUUUAAUGACAUUGACUUUUGCAAGUGUGUGAGUGUUCUAACUUUAAUAUUGCUAAGCUUCCCUGGUGUUCUACUGAUAUAGUUUGCCUUCCAAGGUCAAAUGUAAAUAGCAUCAA